AUGGCGGCUAUCACGGACCUCUCCUUUAUGGACUUGUACUUCGAGAACUGCAAUCUGGUCCGCAACCUCUCGGACAAGUACGUCUUCAUCAUGGGCUGUGACUCGGGAUUCGGGAACCUCCUGGCCAUGCAGCUGGUUGAUCGGGGCAUGCGGGUGCUGGCUGCUUGCUUCACUGAGGAGGGGGCCCAGAAGCUUCAGCAGGAUACCUCCUACCAGCUGGAGACCACCCUAUUGGAUGUCACCAAGACUGAGAGCAUCAAAGCAGCAGCCCAGUGGGUGAAGGACCAAGUGGGAGAGCAAGGCCUCUGGGCCCUGGUGAACAAUGCUGGUGUAGGCCUGCCCAAUGGUCCCAAUGAAUGGCUGACCAAGGAAGACUAUGUGAAGGUGAUCAACGUGAACCUGGUGGGACUGAUCGAAGUGGCUCUCCAUAAGCUGCCCAUGGUCAAGAAAGCCCAGGGCAGGGUCAUCAAAAUGUCCAGCUCUUGUGGCCAUGUGGCUAUCACUGGUGGCGGCUACUGCGUCUCUAAGUUUGGCGUCGAGGGCUUCUCUGACAGCAUCAGGCGUGAGCUCCACUACUUCGGGGUGAAAGUCAGCAUCAUUGAGCCGGGGAACUACCAGACAUCCAUUCUGGGCAAGAAGGACCUGGAGGGCACGGAGAAGAGCAUGUGCAAGCUGUGGGAGCGGCUGCCUCGAACCCGCGAGAGCUAUGGAGAGGAGUACUUCCAUAUCUAUACUGACAAGUUAAAGAACACGAUGCAGCUGGCAGAGUCAAGGAUCAGUGAAAUCACUAACAGCAUGGAGCACGCUACUGUUUCCCGGGACCCCCGCAUCCACUAAAACCCUGGCCUGGAUGUCAAACUCCUCUACCUCCCCUUGGCUAAGUUUCCCACCCCUGUGACAGAUUUCAUCCUGAGGCGGUACCUUCCAAGGCCAGCAGACAGUGUCCGAGCUGGGGAAGCCCAAGGGGUGGUCAGUGGAGUAUGGAGGAGAAGGCACUGUAGGGUCACAUGAGGGGGUAUCAGAUGUUCUGGGGACACCUUGCUUGGCUGACACCCUACCUGUUGGUGGUGAAUUUAUGGAUAACUUCUAACAGAAGGUGUUCCUACUCACUGGGGCCUCACAGAAACCUGAGGGGGCCUUUACAGGUUCAAAGACCUGCAGCCUGGCCCCAAGAACAUCUGUCACCCAAUGAGGAUAUGUUUUUUUCUUGAGCUGGAGGAGUCAAGGAGAGGAAAACUAGUUCCUGCUGAAUCAUGAGCCUCCCUCAGUUAUCACCACCACUGGGAAAUUUUGUGGGAUUAUGUAGCCCACAGGAGAACUCAACCACUUUCCUCUCGUGUCUCUAAAUAUGUAUUAACCUUAUUCACAUAAACCAUUAUUUGAAGUACGUAGUAGGACAAACAGGGAGUGCAAGAUUAUAUCACGCAAAAGUUUAUCAUAGUAUUUUCUCUCUCUUUUAUGGAUUUCUGUAUCCAUAGGUGAUUGGGACUCCCAUGAAGUAACACUCAUUUGUUUAAUCACCAUUGAUUAAUUCUUCAAAUAUUACCUGAGUGCCUACUAUAGACGAGGCCCUGUGUAGGUGCUAGAAGCAUAGAAAUAUGAUUGAAUCAUGGUCUUGGUUUUUCACUCUUUAUUUUGUGGUUUUGUUUUUGUAUUUUAGCACAAUAUCUAGUAGCAGAGACAGGAUAGCGAUAGAAGAAACAGAAAUCAGAAAAUCAAAUUUUUGGAGCUACGAGGAACACUAGAGUUUAUCUAAUUCAGUAGUUCCCCAACUUGGCUGUGUAUAUCAUAAUCACCUGGUUAAUUAAAAUACAGAUUCCUGGGCCUUGGUGUUAGAAAAUCUGAUUCAUUAGGCUUGGGUGGGGCCCAGAAAUCUGUAUUUGUCAAAAGGACCUAGAUGAUUCUGAUGCAUCUGGGCACUUGGAAACUGCUGAUAGUUCCAUAGGAGUAACUAAUGCUCAGAGGAGGAAGUGACUUAUGGGAGGUCCCCUAGCAUCACAGCCUUGACAGAACUCAGGUGUUUAGAUUCCCAGGCUAGGAUUUUAGUUACAGGAGAAUAAAUUCCCGUAAUUAGUAACAUUGUCAAAAAAGUCAGGAAAUGAUGGGCUUCCCUGGUGGCACAGUGGUUGAGAGUCCGCCUGCCGAUGCAGGGGACAUGGGUUCGUGCCCCGGUCCGGGAAGAUCCCACGUGCCACGGAGCG